UAUACAUGUCUACAAUAUGUACCCUUUGUCUUUCAACAAGGACCCAGUUAGUCCCACGGCGAACAUCAUCGCCAUCCUCCAGCUCUCGAGCAAGGUUGUUGGGUAUUUAACGGACGUAGAAGAUGCCUCGAAAGAUCAUGCAAGAUCCACUAUUAAGGCCUCGAAUUUGCAUCGUCUCCUUCUGAAUCUAAGGUUCCGCUUCGAGGGUGGAGCCGCCGAUAUACCGUGGUAUACGGUCAUCCGAGCCCUCGCAGUCGAGAAAGGACCAUUGGGCUAG